AUGGGAUAUUACGGCGUUUCUUUUACGUCGUCGUCGUCGUCAGGAGGAGGCGUCGGUUUGGUCAAAGGGAGGCGAAGAAGUAUCAUCAUCGCUGCUGCUUUUUCGUCGUUGUUCUUCUUCGUCGUCUUCUUUUAUUCUAGGGGAUCAUCUUCAUCGCUUUCGUCCUUAACACCCUCGUCGUCGUCGUCUGCGUCUGCAUCGUCAUCGUCCGAGGAGGAGGAGGAAAAGUCGGAAAAGUCGGAAAAGAUGAUGAGCACAAAAUGCGACCGAACGCGUCAACUGUGGGUGGAAGGCGAACCGCCGAAAGUGAGCGCGAAGCUAAAAAGAGGCGUUUCCGGAGCGCCGAAGAGCUUACCGAAGUUUGCGCCGCCCAAGUGCAAGAGAGACCGAAUGGAACGAGUUCGUUUGGCAAUCGCGGUUUCAACGAGAAGCGCGAGAGGGCCGGCGACGAGUUGGGCGGAGGUUUUAGUGAAGAAUGUGCACGCGAACUUGCCGAAACAAUGGAAGGCGGAGAUUAUUUUUUACGAAGACGGGGGAGACGUCGAAGACGAGGAGGAUGAGAAAGAGGACGACGGUGAAGUUGAUGAGAGCGGCAAGCGCGAAAGGGAGAAAGAGAGCAGGCGAACAAGGAGAACCGCUACGGCGACGACACGAAAGUCGAGAGAGUUUGCGAGAAAAGCGGCGAAUGCAGCGAAAGAUGGGAAAGGGUACGCAGUUUACGCGACUUCGAGAGAUACGGACGCGAGGGUGGUUUCGCGAUUGUUGAGAUUGACGAGCGCGGAGACGGUGCUUUUGAUGUAUCCUUCAUCUUCUUCGUCAUCUAGUUUUAGCUCUAGCUCUAGCAGCUCUUUGAGAGAAAUAAAAACCGGGGUGGAUGUAUCUGUGGAUUGGAUACGAAACGCGGAAGCGAUGUUAGCGAGAGAUGCAAAAUUAGUGGCAGUAUUUGUCGCCGAGGGAAGCGUUAGAGGCGAAAGGGAAAAAGAACGCAAGGAUGGGAAUGAUGCUCGCCCGUUUUUACCUUCGUCGAAUUCGAUUGUAUUGGUAAAACGAGAAGCUCUUUUGAGAGGAGGGUACCAGCUUCUCGCGGAGAAGAAAGCUGCACCGUGCGGUGUUAAUAAUCCAAAUCCAGACGAUUUGCUCAUAGAAGCAAUAAAGAAUGUGGGCGGAAAGUACGUCGCGAUGCACGCGGAAUCGCCGCACGAGGUGGCGCCGAGUGAAAUGAUAUCGCGCGACGGUGGGGAUGGCGAGGUAAUUUGUGGUCCAGAAUUUCUAGACGUAGAACCCGCGUUUUGUGAUCACGGGCGGCGCGCCAUCGGUGCCAAAGGAGACGCCUCGCGAGGUGAAAAGAAAGUUAUGGCAUCAAUCGUUAUGCAGUUCUACGACCGCCCAAAAUCUAUAUCAGCUCUUCCUGCGUUACUUUCCAAAAAAUCUCCGGUUCUCGCGGAACUACUGGUGAACAACGACUCCCGGAGCAGUCACGAAGCCUGGAUGAAAAGCCUUCACAGGUUUCACAACUCUAUGCUAACUCUGGCCUCCAAUAAUAGCACAGACGAGAAAGUAUCGACGAGGAGGAAUAAAUUUUCAGUGCCGUUCGCUUUGCUCGUACAUAGUCCAGAUGUGCACGAAAUUAGGGCUUAUAAUAGACUAGGUCGAGCUGCAAACGCUCCUUUUGUUGCUUUCAUUCAGGACGACGAUCGACCCAACGAUCCAAAUUGGCUAGCUCGGGCUCUGAAGUUAUUUAAGGUUCAACCGAAAAUGUCCAUGCUCGGCGGGCACGCGGGUAGAUUGGACACGUCAAAAAAUAUGGAGGUAAAAAGACAAUGGGGUGCUCGCUCCAAAGGAUACCGUGGAGGCCCAACUUGGCAAAACGCCGGUGAGAAAUACGGUAACGCCGCCGGCGCUUUACCGAUCAAAUUUCUAGAUCCGAAUACAGAAGAGGCUUUCAUGUGGGCGUACAAAGUCAACAGCGCUCCUUUGAUCGUUCGCGCCGAUGAUUUCAUACGAGUUGGAUUAUUUCAUCCCAUGUUCUCCUGUCCAGGCGAAAUGGGAAUUGGUUUUGAUUUCGAAUUUUCAAUACGGCUUUGGAAAAGCGGCUUGGGCGUGGGAUUGUAUUCGUCCGGGUUCAAGGACGGGUUGGGCGGCGGAGGGAGUACGCGAUCGAAUCCAGUGGCGCUCUUGCGGAGAAUGACGGCGUGGAGAUCUAAUAAUAUUUUGCUAUAUUACUGCUAUCCGAAUUUUCAUCACGAGAAGGGAACUAAAAUAGCGCUAGCGUGGAAUAAAGAACUCGUCCUGCGUACAAAGACGAGACGGCCGGCGAAAAGCUCUUCUCAAUUUUGA